CUUAAACAACCGUGACAGUAAAACUCAGUUGUUCGCAAUGUCAACGUUCGACUAUGUAGAAAUUCCACCAGAUGUGAUUCGUCUACAAUCAUCUAUAGCCUCUAAUCCCGUUCGUCCAUUCACCAAAAUCAGCACCUCAUUACCAUGUUCGACCACUCCUGCCGCAGCUGCAGCUGCGGCCAGUACCACCUUCAGCCCGACAAAGUCACUAUCUACCCUUCUCCUAAACACAUCUUUCCCAGCUAUCCCUACCUCCGCUAGCCCUCGCAAAUCCAGCACAACACUGCUGAGCACCAGAGACCCUCUCAGCAUUCCAAUUACCACCGUCAAUUUCAGGAGGUUCGUAGCUAGAGUAGGACCCGUGUUUUGGUUGCAGGAUCGAGUGGAGGAGGUCCUUAUGUGGAGAUGUGGGUGGAAGUAUACUGGCGUCUGGAUUGCUAUUUACGCGUUCUUGUGCUACUUUCCUCGCAUGGUGCUCCUCGUACCGCAUGCUAUACUAGCAGCUAUAAUACUCUUCACAUAUCCCACUCCUUCGCCGUCUGAAUCGAUAACAACGAAAAACCCACCGGCUCCAGUCGCGCCACCUCCCUCAGAGGGGAGCGUUGACUGGCAAGCUAACCUUCAAGCAAUUCAAAACCUUAUGGGCGCGUUCUGUGAUGGCUACGACACCGUCUCACCACUUACUCCCCAUCUCAUACAUCGAUCCACUCAUACCUCUCUCAUCCUAACACUUACCCUGCUCUCUUUCCUCUUUUUGCUGCCGGUACUACCUCUAAUCCCCCUCCGCCUACUGUUCUUUGUUCUAGGCGUAUUCCCGUUUAUAUGGACCCACCCAGUGACGCAAACGCGAAUAAUACCGCUGCUCAAAGCUGCUGUAAAUGGAAGCAUCGUAAAGGGAGGCAACGCGAGUGCUACAUUGGCGGGAGUAACAAGCUACAAAUACGCCUUAUUGAAGAUCAAGUUCCGCCGCUGGAUCGACGAUGAUAGGCUCGACGACAAACAUUGGGGCGCCGAGAUGCGGGAGGUGGAGUUGUGGGAGAACGAGAGGUGGGCUCCGGGUCCUUCUUUAUCCUCCUCGUUCGGCACACAGGAUGACCUUGAUGCUGUGGGGUCGGAGUUUGAUGUUGGAGACGGGUCUGGAAGUGCAUUGCUUGGUGCUGGGACGUGGAGCAAGGCAAAUUUGAGGCCUGCGGAUCGCGCGCCAUGGACAAGGGCGAGGGACGGUUGGAGUGGAGUGGGUGGGGAAGUGAGCAACCUCACGUUCUCGCUCGCACCAGGCUGGGCAUUCGUGGAGACUGAGGGGUGGAGACCGGACGCCCUGGGGAGCUGGGUCUCUGCCUCUCGUUCUAAUUCUUGUUCUGCUUCUGGGAGUGGUGAUCCUAUCUUUGGGGCGGAUGACAACGGCUGGGUGUACACGAAUGACGUAUGGGCUGAUCCGCGUCGUAUACCUCUUGAGGUCUGGAAGACGUUGGGGAUGACAAGGCGGAGGAGAUGGGUGCGGAGAGUGUAUUUUGAUCCGACGCUGCUGGAGAAUGCGUGAGGAGUUUUCAGGGAGGAGAUGUAGCAUAUUGAUUAUUGUAUUACAUAGCAUGGAUGUCGUGAUAUGUUAAGCUGCUAAUCAUUCGCAACUAA